AUGACCAGCGAGCUGAAGGAUCUAAAAAAGCAGGAGAGGCAGAUCAAGUCUACUUUCGACGGUGUGAGGAAGUUUUUGGACCAGUUUAAGGCAGAAAAACAUGCAGCUCAAAUUGCCACCCGACUGGAAAUGCUCGAAACAGCCAUGAAAAAAUUCUACACUGUGCAACGAAAAUUGGAAAUCGUGCAAGAAGAGGAAGAUGAGGAAACCAAGGAAUCCCCCGAGCAGCGCUGCGAACGUCAACAGAAACGCGACGAUGUCAGUGCUGUGUUGACCUGCUUUUUCGAAGACACCUACUUUGAACUCAAGGCAAGUUUAAAAGCACUUCUUCCUCUGGAAACUGAUUUCCCACCACCUCAACCCACAACCCUUCCCAGCAGCCUUCCGGGAACCAAUUCUCGUGUGAAGCUGCCUGAGAUCCGAUUUCCUAGCUUCGGAGGCCUCACUCGUGAGUGGGUUACCUUUCGGGAUACUUUUCGGAGCUUGAUCCAUUUGAACGAUCAACUAUCUACUAUGGACAAGUUCACGUAUCUCCGAUCUUCGCUAACUGGGGAUGCCUUUCAGGAAAUUGCUUCGGUGGAUGUGACAGCAGCAAAUUAUUCCGUAGCAUGGGAUCUUCUCCAAAAACGCUACGAGAAUAAAAAAUUUAUAGUUAAGGCCCAUCUAGAUGCCUUGUUCAGUAUUGAACCCAUAAAACGGGAGAGCUUUGAGGCUUUGAGUCAUCUGAUCAGCGAAUAUGAUCGCAACCUGCUACAGCUUGCGAAGAUUGGUGAGGAAACCGAAAGUUGGAGUAGCGUUUUGGCCUACAUGGUAUGUUCACGUCUCGAUUCCAGUACUUUGCGACUUCGGGAGGCUCAUCAUGCGUCGAAAGAGGUUCCAACUUAUGACGAUUUGAUAGAUUUUCUGAGACAACAAUGUGCCGUCUUGCAAUCUAUUGCAUCUGCUAAACCUGAUGCAAACGAGCCCAAAAAUCCUAGGUUUUCUGUCAGCCACACAACAGUCAGACCUUCAAGUCGUUGUCCAUUCUGCGGUGGAGAGCCACACUCAGCAUUUAAAUGCCAGAAAUUCCUGAAGCUGAAAGUCCCUGAGCGGCAUGAGAUGGUAAAACGACAUGGACUCUGCUUCAACUGCCUUUCAUCGUCGCACAUGCUUCGUGCCUGUACCCGUGGGAACUGCCGUCAGUGUCAACACAAGCACCACACCCUGCUGCAUCCAGUGAAAGUGAACAGUGCGCCAGUUCCGCACAAUCCACAAGUGCCGAAUCGACCAUCAAAUCCCAUCAAUCAACAACAACAACAACAACCACAACCACAUGCCCAGAACACGACCACACCUACUCACCAGCGAAGUUCACAUUCAAGCUCGUACCCAGUAACACUGCAAUGCAACCCACUACACACCACAGACCCUUCCAUCGAUACACAUGCUUUACCUGUUAACACCUACACCUCACUUCAUCAAGUUCUUCUUUUCACCGCCUUGGUGCGCGUUACUGAUCGCCAUGGGAAUUUCCUUUUGGCUAGCGCUAGAGCACUUCUUGACUCGUGCUCGGAAUAUUGUUUUAUUACCACGAAUCUUUAUCAAAAAUUGAAUUUUGUUGAAGCUUCUAGCUUCCUGACUGUUGCUGGCAUUGGUGGUUCGGUGGUUCAGUCCAAAAAACUAGUCAAAGCUACUAUUUUGCCGAGAGAUCAUUGUAUUUCGUCCUACGUGGAGAUGAUUGACCUUCAUGUUCUUCCGAAGCUCACUUCUACGCUUCCCACUCAAGCAAUUAGCCUGAAUCAGCUGAAAAUUCCGGCAGAUCUUACUUUGGCAGAUCCAGAUUUCCACCAGCCAGGACCGAGAGGCCUCAUCAUUGGAGCGGAGCACUACUACGAUUUGCUUGAGGAUGGCCGUAGAAAACUGAACGAGAACGGCCCGACGAUGCAGAAUACUGUCUUCGGUUGGGUUAUUUCUGGCCGAGUACCCGAUAGCACCUCAGUUGGCCCACGAUCUGCUGCCUAUCCAUGCGCAAAUGUUGAGCUACGAGAUAUAAUAACAAGAUUUUGCGAAUUGGAAUCCUGCUUUUCCAAAAGCUUGUUGUCUGUGGAGGAAUCUGCUUGCGAGGAGUUUUACGACGAAACGACCUACCGAGAUGCAGAUCAACGCUACGUAGUUUCAUUGCCCAAGAAAAGCUACCUCAUCGACAACUCGGAGACUCCAGAGCCACGGCACUUCGAAGGCUCGAAGGUCUUGAACGACGUUUAG